UUCAGGUUGAGAUAAUAAAUCUUUAUUCUCGACCAUGUACAAAAAUUGAAUAAUUUUGCUCAUUGUAAAAGUUUUUUCCUUUUUUUUUUUGGUUUUCCUCAUUUAAUUUAACCAAAAUUUUGUGCGAUUCUUGCAACAUUUUACACUCAAUUUGCACUUAAGAGACGAGAUAAUAAUAAUGUCUGGUAUUUUAUUUGGUCGUUAUACUGCGUAUCGCAGAUCAUUGGGGUUUUUGUAUGUCUCAUAUCGUCCUGGUUCGAUAUCGCUAGCCUCAAGCAUACAGCAUCAGCGUCGUGAAAAGCAUCAGGAUACAAGUGCUGAUGAUGGUAAAGGUGACGGCCGAGGAGGUGCAACCGUUGACGAUAAGACCAAGGUUCGUGCGACGCGUUUGCGGCAAGUGAAACCCAUCGAAGUACGUCAGAAUAUCAGUAAGAAAAAUAACCCCAAUGUCGAGAAACCCACCGUAAUAAGUGGUCCAGAGACCAGUGGUCUGAAAACCUCAUUCAUUGAGUGUGAUAAGACAUCGCCAUCGAAGGUUAAUCCCAUCCCGGAAAUACCAAUGGAGCGUAAGCAUGAGUCACCAUUUGAGUUUCUACCAGAAUUACCAUUGCCAGGUCAAAUGAAUCCAGUCGAGAUUCAACCCAAAGAUCCUCUUAAAGUCACUUGUCAGGCGGCGGACUCUUCGAAUGAAAUGGAAUCGUCUGAAGCUCGAAAGGACCAACAACUUAUACCAGAGUUGGGACAGAGCUAUCAUAUAAUUCAAGCGGAACUAUUAAACGAGGAAAAUGAUCCGCAUACAAUGAAGCUACUUUCUGAGUAUACGAAUUUUCCCAAUCCUGCUCUUAACUUUGAUUUUAGAAUUUCCAGCUUUGAGAUGUUGCAAAAGCAAAUCGAGGCUGAUACCAAAUUCAGAGCUGAUUUAAAAGCAAUGAGGGCUAAAUCUGAGAAUAAAUCAGAUGCUCAGCCUGCUUCUAAUACAGAGAUAAGAGAUGCAAACUUUGAGGUCCUGAAAAGCCAAAUCGAGGCUGAAAAUAAAUUCAGACUUGGCGAAUACACUCCAUCUACUCCUGCUACCAUUAAGGCUGAUCAAGAGACUAUUGACGUCACAGCUACCACAGUAUUUUCUCAAGCCAAAGAACAGAACGAAAACUCUGAAGAUGUUUUGGGUUCCAUAACUAAAAACGAAGAGAAAUUUGAAAGCUUUAGCCCUAGUCCAAAUAAAAUGUCUACGAAAAUUGAAAUUAAAACCCAACCCAUCUGCGAAGCAGUAUGUGAACUACAAAAUGCUGUCUCAAAAAUUGCUACCAUUAAGUCUGAUCAAGAGACUAUUGACGUCCAAGCUACCACAGUAUUUUCCCAAGUCAAAGAGCAGAGCGAAAAAUCUGAAGAUGUUUUGGGUUUCAUAACUAAAAAUGAAGAAAAACAUGAAAGCAUUAGCCCUAGUCCAAAUAAAAUUUUUAAGAAAAUUGAGAUUAAAACCCAACCCAUCUGCGAGGCGGUAUGUGAACUACAAAAUGCUGUCUCAAAAAUUGCCGAGAAUGCAACAAAAACUUCCAAUAAAAAGGAAAAUGUUGAAGUUGACGAAACUAGUUCAGAAAAAAAAUCAACAAGCAGAGUGGAAUCAGAUAUUCAAAAACUGUAUUCAAAGAUGCAGAACGAAUCUGGUUUUGAAAAUAUAUCAACAAGUGCAGAUAUAACAAGCAAUGUGGAAUCAGAGGUAAAAUCUGAUGUUAAAAAACUCUAUUCAAAAAUGCAGAACGAAUCUAGUUCUGAAAAUGGCAAAGAAGAAUCGGGAACAAGUUCUGAUGUUAAAAAACUCUAUUCGAAAAUGCAGAACGAAUCUAGUUCUGAAAAUAGCAAAGUAGAAUCGGGAAUAAGUUCUGAUGUUCAAAAACUUUAUUCAAAGUUGUGGAACGAAUAUAGUACUAAAAAAAGCAAAGUGGAAUCGGGGAUAAAUUCUGAAGUUAACAAACUCUAUUCCAAAAUGCAGAGCCCCGAACUAACAGAUAGUAUUACUGAAGUAACCAAGACAGCAAAAAUUAACGAAUCUGCAUCUCCAAAUGCAAUUCAAGUACUUUAUGCUAAGAUAGAGACUCCUGAAUCUUUACAAUAUACAACUCAGUCAAAAAUAAGAAACGAUUCAAAACCAAUUGUGGCUAACCAAUUCAAAACCAAACCUCCUCUUGAAAAUAUUUCUUCCCAAAAGACCAACAAAUCAAUGGCAUCCUCUACUGGAACCAAUGAACAGAAUGAUAAAGCCACUGCUGAUAUUGUGGCAAUGUUUGAUCAAUUUUACGAUGAUAAAAGCAAGAUGAAUACAGAAGAGCCAAGUAUUAAGUCAACUGACCAAUCAAAAUCUACCAAAGACUUGCUUAAGGCAACAUCAGAGAAGGCUCAAAGCGAAAUUAAAAGUUCUUUAGAAAAGCCAGAAGUGAAUACUAAGAGCCAAGACAAUGUUGAUAGCGAGGAAACCACGCAAAAUUUCAAUCUUGAAACAGUAUCCACAAAUUUUGUUAAAAUGCGCAAUGAGGCGAGAAACAAGAACAAGAAGGAAGCCUCAGAGGAGGCAGAAGACGAAUCCUCUGAUACACUUUAUAUACCAGAGGAAGCUCUAUACACAGAAGAGGAAAUCAAAGCUAGAAAGAAUCGUAAAGCCACAAAACAAGGAAAGUCAAAGAAAUCCACCCCUCAACUCGAUGAUGGUGAACUGGGAGUUAAGUUGGUUUCACAAAAUCCAGAAGACAGUGCACCAAUAAAAGCAGAGAAAUCCGGUUUCGUUCAAUACUUUUUCGACAAGAUCUUCAGUGUUGGCAAAAAGAAGGGCAAUACUGGUAGACGUACCAUGGCCACUUUUAGUGGUUCGCACUUAAAUAAUACUAAAAAAGCCAAGAGCGAAUUGAAAACGAAAAACUUGAAACAAGAACCCAUUAUGGGUGAUGUAUAUAUUUCGCCAGCCUUGGACGAACAAGGACUUGGGGCCAAAAACAUUCGUAAGGCGCGUGAAAUAGCUGAGCAAAAGAACGACAUCCAAAGGAAAAUCUCUAGCCACGAAGUAAAGGACGAUAGCUUUACAUCCCUCGAAGUAAACGAGCAAAUUGCAAGUGAUACAACGAAAAGUAUCCGGGAGAAUAUAGAACAUAGCCAAAUAAUAUGUGGAUCGCUAAAAGAUAAGCCAAAGAAGAUCCGUGAAAUGGCAAAAUCAAAUGGGGAUGGUGGAAAACCAAGUUUCACCAGCGCUUGGCAGCGUUUAACCCGUAUGGUUUGGUUUUACAUAUUUCCAGAUGCGGCGACGGCAGCGGCCCCUCCAACGAAAUCCAAAUAGACGAACUCAAUGCAUUAAGGCAAACUGUACAAAUUGGCGCUAUCACUUGUGGAAGGGUCAAACUGAAUCACUGAUAACGACCGAUGAUGAUGAUUAUGAUGAUGAGAAGAUCUCAGAGCACUGAUAUUGGCAAAAUCAAGAGCAAAUAUUUGAAAAAUUUUCUGUGUAUUUUUUGAGAUUAAAAGAAUUAAUAUUAGCACUUAAAAAAAAGAAUAAAUAUAUACAUAAGUAAA